UCGAAAAACCAUACGUACUAACGCCGUAUUCGAAGUGAAGCUGCCCUCAAAGUAAAUGCAGAACAUUUUAUUUUUAUUUUAAAAAAAAUUGUUUGGUGCUACAGAAAACUAGAUAAAAAAUUCCCUAUUUUUGUACGAAAAUUCCCGAUAAAUAGCCACGAAUGAUGUGAACUUUGUAAAAUGCUGAAUUGACGAGUAUUUUGUGGCUAAAAAUCAAAUUAAAAUACAAGUGAGAAAAAAAAGUGAACCCGAAAAUUUAUAUUGAAUGCCACUUUCUACUAUCGCGCGUACAUAAAAAAAAAUAAAAAUAUUUUUUUUCGUGAAGCAAAAAAAAUAUCAUAUGUGAAAAAAAUUAUAAUUAUAAAAAACGUGCGAUAAUAAAAAGAAAUUACAAAAAAUAUUCAGAAAUUGGUGUUAAACAAGGUGUGUACAUACACAAGUAUCUAUAGCACGUACCGAGUGAAGCAUAAUAACACAGAAAAAGGAUAAUAACAAACUAUUACACAACAAUGGCUUUGGAGGAAAAUCAACAACAACAACAGCAGCAGCAAACCGAACAACAAACGGCGAUCGAAACGACGGCCGAAACGACGAAUAACAUUGGAAAUGGCACAAAUGGUGUCCAAAAGCCAGUGAAAAAUGUAGAGAAACAGGCCGACACAAACACAUCCUUCUUAAGGGCUGCACGUGGCGGAGAACUUGGAAAACUCGUAGAAUUCCUAGAAACAGGUCAAAUACUUGAUAUUAAUACAAGCAAUGCUAAUGGCCUUAACGCUCUGCACUUGGCUGCGAAAGACGGUCACAUCGAGAUCGUGCGCGAACUGCUGAAUCGCGGCGCCAAAGUCGACAAUGCCACAAAGAAGGGCAACACAGCGUUACAUAUCUCCUCGCUCGCCGGCAAACUCGACGUUAUCCAGUUGCUUGUGCAGCACGGUGCCUCCGUGAACGUGCAAUCGCAAAACGGCUUUACGCCGCUCUACAUGGCAGCGCAGGAAAAUCACGACGAAUGUGUCAAAUAUCUGCUGGCAAAGGGAGCGAAUCCCGCACUCGCGACAGAAGACGGUUUCACGCCACUCGCAGUCGCCAUGCAACAGGGACACGACAAAGUCGUUGCCGUACUCUUGGAGAGCGAUGCCAAAGGCAAGGUACGUUUGCCCGCGUUGCAUAUCGCCGCCAAAAAGGACGAUGCCAAAGCAGCUGCUCUCUUACUCGAAAACGACCACAAUCCCGAUAUCAGUUCUAAGUCAGGCUUCACGCCAUUGCACAUCUCGGCGCACUACGGAAACGUCGAUGUCGCGAAUUUGCUUAUUGAAAAGGGUGCCGAUGUCAAUUUCACCGCCAAGCACAACAUUACGCCGCUGCAUGUCGCUUGCAAAUGGGGCAAAACCAACAUGGUAAACUUGCUGAUACCGAAGGGCGCGAAAAUCGAUGCCGUUACGCGUGACGGUCUCACUCCGUUGCAUUGCGCCGCUCGUUCGGGCCACGAAGAAGUCGUCGAUAUCCUCUUGAAACACGAUGCCCCGAUCUGGUCCAAGACCAAAAACGGCUUGACAGCUUUGCACAUGGCGGCACAAGGUGAACACGUUGAAGCGGCACGCAUUUUGUUGCACCACAACAACGUCGACGAAGUAACUGUCGAUUAUUUGACGGCGCUGCACGUUGCCGCCCAUUGUGGUCACGUCAAGGUCGCAAAAUUGCUUCUCGAUCGGAAUGCGGAUGCCAAUGCACGUGCCCUAAACGGUUUCACGCCUCUCCAUAUUGCAUGCAAGAAAAAUCGCAUUAAGGUAGUCGAGUUGCUGUUGAAACACGGUGCUAGCAUAAGUGCCACUACGGAAUCGGGAUUGACACCUUUGCAUGUCGCCUCGUUCAUGGGUUGCAUGAACAUCGUUAUUUACUUGUUGCAGCACGAAGCGAGUCCCGAUGUCCCGACGGUGCGUGGCGAAACACCACUUCAUUUGGCCGCAAGAGCCAAUCAAACCGACAUCAUCCGGAUUUUAUUGCGUAACGGGGCUCAAGUUGACGCUCGUGCCAGAGAACAACAAACUCCCCUUCAUAUUGCAUCGCGUUUGGGCAACAUUGAUAUCGUAAUGUUGCUCUUGCAGCAUGGCGCUCAAGUAGAUGCCACAACAAAAGAUCAAUACACCGCAUUACAUAUCGCCGCAAAGGAGGGUCAAGACGAAGUUGUUGCCACCUUGUUGGAAAAUGGCGCCCAAAUUGAUGCGCAAACCAAGAAAAAGUUCACGCCGUUGCAUUUGGCUGCCAAAUACGGUCACAUCAAUGUCGUGCGUCAACUUUUGGAGAAAAAUGCCCCUGUCGAUGCGCAAGGCAAGAAUAACGUGACACCGCUUCAUGUCGCCUCGCACUACGACCAUCAAAAUGUCGCUCUUCUAUUGCUGGAAAAGGGAGCUGAUGCACAUGCAGUUGCCAAAAAUGGUCACAGUCCGCUUCAUAUUUCCGCCAAAAAGAAUCAAAUGGAUAUCGCCAACAUUUUGCUCGAGCAUGGCGCCAAUCCAAAUGCCGAAAGCAAAUCGGGCUUCACGCCACUUCAUUUGAGCUCCAAGGAAGGACAUGCGGAAAUGACGUCGUUAUUGCUGGAAAAACAAGCAAAUCCAAAUCACGCCGCCAAAAAUGGUCUGACUCCGAUGCAUUUAUGUGCCGAGGAAGAUCGUGUCGCGGUCGCGCAAAUUUUAUACGAUAAUGGAGCAAAAGUGAAUCCUGUCACAAAGAGCGGUUUUACGCCACUUCAUGUCGCUGCACACUUUGGACAAGUCGAGAUGGUGCGUUUCUUGGUAGAACACGAUGCAGAUAUUGAAAUGAACACCAAUGUGGGUUACACUCCGUUGCAUCAAGCCGCUCAACAAGGACAUACGUUGAUUAUUAAUUUGCUGUUGAAACAUCGCGCUAAUCCGAAUGCCGUUGCCAAUAACGGACAAACCCCAUUAAGCUUGGCAAACAAAUUGGGCUACAUCACCAUCGUGGAAACAUUGAAAGUCGUCACCGAAACCAAUGUGACAAGCACCAGCACCGGAACUGUCGAGGAAAAAUACAAAGUUAUCGCUCCCGAAGGCAUGCAUGAAACUUUCAUGUCAGAUUCUGAAGAUGAAGGAGGUGCAGAUGAACCGAAUGUUAAUGAAACAAUGAAUGUUGUAUUUAGUAAUGCACAAACGCCACCACAUCAAUUGCCAUUUUACCAAAAUCAAAUGCGAUAUACUCGUGGCGAGGAUCCAAGUUUGUCCGAUCACCAGCAAUACAAUUACAUGUCGGGAGACGAGAGCAAGCACUUGCAAGAUGACCAUUACCAAAUGGAUGUAACUGGCGACGAGAAAAUGGUGGAAAGAAUUUUAUCGGACGCCGAAAAAUACAACUACAUGGAAAAAUCUCGCAUGAGCCGAGACUCGACGCCAAAUCCCUUGGACAUUUCCGUGACUGACAAUUGUCAGAUCGUAAGAAAUCCCAUUCAUGCUGGCUUUUUGGUUUCCUUUUUGGUGGAUGCUCGCGGAGGCGCGAUGCGUGGUUGUCGUCACAGCGGUGUGCGUGUAAUUGUGCCACCGAAAUCGGCAGCCCAGCCAACUCGAAUCACGUGUCGCUACGUAAAGCCACAGCGCAUCUCUAACCCGCCUCCUUUGAUGGAGGGCGAGGCAUUAGUGAGUCGCAUUCUGCAAUUGUCGCCAGCUGCCGCCAAAUUCUUGGGCCCCGUCAUCAUCGAAGUCCCGCACUUUGCCUCGCUCCGUGAGAAGGAACGUGAAAUCAUCAUUUUGCGGUCCGACAAUGGAGACACAUGGCGCGAACACACGCUCUACGACAGCGAGGAGGCGAUCCAGGACGUCUUGAACGAGAGUUUCAAGAGCGAAUCGUUGAACUUGAUCGAAGACUUGCACACGAGUCGCAUCACACGUAUCGUUACAAAUGAUUUCCCCAAUUUCUUUGCGAUUGUGUCGAGAAUUCGGCAGGAAGUGCACGCCAUUGGGCCUGAUGGCGGAACCGUGUCGGCAACGGCAGUUCCGCAGGUCCAGGCGAUCUUCCCGCCGAAUGCGUUGACAAAGAAAAUUCGUGUUGGUCUGCAAGCACAACCGAUCGAUCCGAAUGUCACAGCUAAACUUUUGGGAAGAUCUGUGGCGGUAUCGCCUGUCGUCACUGUCGAGCCGCGUCGUCGCAAGUUCCACAAGGCAAUCACCUUGAGUAUGCCGGCGCCACGUGCCUACAAUCAAGGCAUGAUUAACCAAUAUUCUGGCAAUGCACCCACUUUGAGAUUACUCUGUUCCAUCACGGGCGGUCAAAAUCGCGCGGUCUGGGAAGACGUCACCGGAAGCACUCCUUUGACCUUCGUCAAAGAUUGCGUUUCGUUCACGACGACAGUUUCCGCUCGUUUCUGGCUCAUGGAUUGUCGCAACAUCUCAGAUGCCACCAAAAUGGCCUCGGAGCUCUACUCGCACAUGGCUCACGUCCCCUUCAUGGCGAAAUUCGUCAUCUUUGCCAAACGCGUGGACCCACAAGAAGCCCAGGUGCGCGUCUUCUGCAUGACCGACGACAAAGAAGACAAAACACUCGAACAGCAAGAACACUUUACCGAAGUUGCCAAAUCGCGCGACAUCGAAGUGUGCGAAGGACGCAACAUUUACCUGGAAUUUGCCGGCAACAUUGUGCAAGUCCUCAAGUCGGGCGAGCAACUCAACAUGAAGUUCAGCGCCUUCAAGGAGAACCGACUCGCCUUCAAUGUGCGUUUGCGUGAAACGGACGACGGCAUCGGUCGCAUUGUUUUCAUGAACGAACCAAAGGUUGCCAAAGGAGAGCCCGCACAAACGCCGCUCUGCACUCUCAACUUCCAAGUACCCGAAAAGAUCAUUGGAAGUGAGUCGCAUUCCGAAGUCGAUAUCAGCGGAUCCUACAAUCAAAAGUACAAUAUGCCAAGUUUCCUGUUGCAAAAGCAGCAAGAGGAGAUCUUGAAGGCGGACAUUCGUAUCUCGGACAUUUCGAUUCUCUUGAAUAACGAUUGGGAGAAACUGGCGCACGAGUUGCAAGUGUCGAACGAAGAUAUCGCCCUCAUUAAGGAGGAAUAUCCGCAAGACGAGAAACAACAAGCUUCUGUGUUACUGCGAUUGUGGCUGCGACAAGGCGGUCCAAAGGCAACUGGCAAUGAACUCGCAUUGGCAUUAAACAAAAUCCAGCGUAACGACAUCGUUGAGCAAUGCAUGAAAGAUGUCCAAAUUGUCACGGAUGACUACGAAAAGCAAAAGGCACAAAAACAACUUGAACACGCACAAGUUCAUGCACCCGCAAUUGUCGAGGAAAAACUGAAACGCGAAAUUGUCAUUGAAAACAAUCACGUUAACGGGGGAUCAGAGUCUCAUGAUUUACCAGAAGAAAUCAUCGAAAAAGUCAAGGAAGAAGUAACAAAAGUAGCUCCCCCAUCAAAAUCUGCACCACAAGUAGAAACACCACCACCCACUCCCGCAGCUGAAGAUGAAGUCCAUGAACAAAUCAUUGAAAAAAUCGUCGUAGAAACGCACUCUGAGCCAACUGUGACAAUUGUGGAAAAAACUGAAGUCAUCACCCAUCCCGAUAACGCUGAAUUAGAAAAGCUUGACGGCAGUAACAAGAAGAAGCAAAAAAAGAACGACUUGAAUCAGAGAUUUAUAAAUGAGGAAAAAUUGAGUAAAAUCCCCGUUGCCACAAAUAAUUCGUCAGUAGUGACGACGACGACGAAAAAAGUCAAGACAAUCAAGAAACAUUCGAAAGCACGAAAAAACUUGAAUGUUCAAGAUGUCGUUCAACCACGUCCCACUGUAGGUGACAUCGAGUGGGGCGAGGAGAAACGCGACACGGAACGCGAAUGCGAGGACAUCGAUGACGACAACGACGCCGAGGAAGACGAGCAAGAAAUCGAUCCGAACGAAGUAAUCAAAGAAAUUUCCACAUUGGCCUUAGAAGACGUCCAUCAGUUGUCGUCUCUCGAUCAGUCGGACCCGAUUGUGCUGAUAUCGUCGGGCGACGACGACUACAGCGGCGACAUUGACGAAUUCAUUCUCAUUGAGGCGCCCAACAGCUAUACGCAAGCGCGUCAGUUGCAACGUGAGCAACGCGAGGCGGCCGCUGCGGCGCACGAAAACAAGACAAUAAGUACGACGACGACGCGUGCCUUUGAUGCGGAGGGCCGCGAAACGGUGACAAUAAGACGCGAGGAGCACGGACCCGAUGGCGAGGUGAUCAUUACGGAAGAAACGCACGACUCGAAUGAUUAUCCGCCGCCGAGUAACGUCACCUUUAGCGGGUCCGACACAGAUGAACAACUCUCGCCCGUUGACGAAGUCCACGAAUCGCACGUCAAGACGACGCACCGAGGUAAAACAUUUGGGUCAUCCAGCGGAUCGGACGUUGCUUUGCAUGAACCUGGCGCCGCCGACAGUAGCGAGGAUGAAACAGGUGCAAAAAAUAUUCAAACGCCAGAAAUUGUAGUGGACGAAUGCGAAGAAUUAAUAGAAGAUAAUGACGAUAUUUUAGUCAGUGAACAACCGGUCACAACGACAGAAACUGACACAAAUGUUGAGGAGAUAGUUAACGAAGAUGGAAGCACAACAAUCGUUAAAACGACCACAAUCACAACAAAUACCGUGGUGACGACUACAUCAACUGACGAGAACGAGCCCGAAAAGUUACUUUAUUAAAGAAAAAAUUGAUAAAAUUAAAAAAAUUGCUUAAAAAUGGAAAAAAAUCGCUAAUAUAUAAAUACAACACGCAGCUAAAAAAAAAUAUUUAUAAAUUAAAAAUUGCUUUUGAAGUCGUACAAAACGACGAAAAAUAGUCAGUAAUGAUAAAAACAUUUAGUUUUUUGUGUAACAUAUCUCUUCUAUCUCGAGAGAAUUGUCUUUUUGUUUUACGUAAAUUAAUAAGAUGAUGCUUUUAAACGCUUUUUUAUUAUUUAAAAUUUAAUAUAAUCAAUCAAGUCACACAACAAAUACAAAACAAAACAGAAGAUAUCGUAAUAAUUAUUAUUUUAUUUUAUUAAUAUUAUUGAAAAAAUUGUAUAUUUGUUUGUUUAAUGUCUUAUGUAAAAUUAUUUUAUUAUAUUAUACAAAAAAAAAACUCACUUUUAGAAUAUAAAAUUUAUGCUUUUUUGAACGAGUGGUGCACAUAAAAACCGCACACAGGUGUUUCCUUUGGUACAUAUAAACAUAAAAAAUUAAUAAUAAAUAAUGAUAAAUGUCCUUUUUCCGCUCCCAGUGAAUAAAACUAACUAAGAAAAAAAAUAAAUAAUAAAUAAACAACAAACUAUAUUUAUAAAUAAAAGUAUUAAAGUUAUGAUUUUUUCUUCUUUUCCAUUUAUCGCCUUGCAUUUAGUGCCUAAGUAUUAUGUGUAUUAAAAAAAUCAAGAAAAAAAGGUAAAAUUCAAGAUCUAUAAAAGAAAAUCCUUCAAUGAUCAACCAAACUAAUAUUUUUGUAAAAAUUUAAUAAAAAUCCCUUGUUUUUGAAGGUAGUUUGGUUACUUUUCUUGCGUAUUAAAAAAAAUAAUUAUUGCUAUAGCUUGAGCUUAUUUUUUAAUAUCUUAAUAAAAAGAACGGGUUUUAAAUGUUUCAGGUAGAAAUUUCUUAGUUUUUUCUAGUCGUGCUAGAACUCGGCGUCUUCACUUACAAUUUUUUAUAAAAGACGCGAAUAUUUAUAAAAAUAAAAUUAAAUAAAAUAAAUAAC